GAGGAGCGGUCCUCGCGGCUGACGAUGAGUAGCGGCGAGCGGAAGAUGGUGGAGUUGCGGACGACGAGCGUCCUCCGCCGGCGGCUCUCGGCCGGCCGGCUGCACGAGGCGGCGCUCGCCGUCCUGGACGCCGUCUUCUCGGCGAGCGUCGCCGCCCCGGCCGUGGUCGGCUACUGGCGCGGCACCUGGGGCCUGAGCGACGCCUACGUCUACCCGGAGAACCCGGUCUUCAGCAGCGCCGCCUCGAUCGUCGUCGGUUUCUCCGGGCUGUUCCUCUUCAGCCUGCUGCAGUACCUGCUGGCCGAGCUGCUGCACCCGGACAAGCAUCGGCUCUUCUACUACCUGGGCUCGAGGCUCUACACGGCGCUCUUCGGGCUGUGCUGCGUCAACGCCUGGCGCGGCGCCUGGCAGGCCCUGGACCUCUACACGGAGCUGACCCCGGCCACGGUCUCCGCCACGACCUUGACCAGUCUGCUGGCCCUGGCCCUCGUGCGGUCCCUGCGCAACAUCUCGGCGCCGCCCUUCGCCCUCACCCUGGACUCGUAUCGCGGCUACUUCGAGGUGCCCACCAUGUUCCGGGUCGACUACACGAAGGACUGGCGCCUCUACAUCCUGGACUGUGCAGUCAGCGUGGGCGUCGUCGGAACCCUCGUCGUCUUCGUCUGGAGAGGGACGUGGAUCAUGUUCGACAUGUACCUGUACCCGACGAAUCGGGAGUACUCGGCCAUCGGGUCGUUGGUCGGGGGAUACGCGCUGGUCUCGGCGACCUUCUGUCUGCAGCCGGCGAUGGAGUACGUUUGCGGACGCCUCGAGGGACUCCCGCGGCUGAUCACGGCGGACGCGUUCCUUCUCGUCAGCUUUCUGGGCACCGUCAACGUUUGGCGGGGCAUUUGGAAUAGCCUGGACCUCUGGCUGUUCCCCGAUCGGCCGGAGCUCUCCUGCUGGAUCACCCACGUGGGCUGCUUCGUCUUCCUGGUGUUGCUCAAUUGCAGCAACUCGAUCCUCGUCAGGGGCGUCUACAUCGAUGCCGAGGAGGAGGAGGGCCAUUGCAUCAACUUCUCCUGCCGCUACCUCCGACUCUUCUUCAAAAACGAACGCGAGAAGAAGGAAGCCAGGCGGCAACGGACGUUGUCGCUCUGCACGGACGGAUGCGCCAACAAGGACGGGGAAAACGGCGCGCUGCUCGACCGAGCCUCGUCCAAGGGUUCUCCGGGCGACCCGGAGUCGGCCGUCUAGCUCUCGGCGUCCAGGUCGAGACCCUGGCCGAAGACGUUGGGCGUCCAAGUGCCGCGGCCUCCUGGAUCGAUCGUAAGGAGGCGUGCCAGAGACUUUACUCGGGACCUCGUCCAGGGUCGCGGGUGACUCGCGACGGUUCCUCGCCAAUUUGGGAGACCCUUUAAAUUCGGCGGGUACCGAGGGACCGUUCGCGUCCUUAAGCAUCUAGCCGUUCGAUCUAUUUACCUCCCUCUGACGGAGAAACAUGCAAUACUUCCUUUGUAUAGCGAUAAUAUUUAAGCGGUAAUGCAUUCGAUGUAGCUUGAGAAUGAAUAGGACGUACUCGAGUAUGGAA